AUGGGUUUAAUGAGAAAGGUGGAGAGCAGAGGUGCGGAGAGCGAGAAGUAUUGGGAGCGAGAGAUGCGGGAAGCGAGUGCGUGCGACGCGGAGAGCUACCACAAAGCAAGACGAAGCCGCGUUGCGCACCCACUUCACGGAGGAGCAGCUGCAGGUGCUGCAGGCCAACUUCCAGCUCGACUCCAACCCCGACGGCCAGGACCUGACGAGCGCAUCGCGCAGAUCACCGGCCUGAGCAAGCGCGUACGC